CACCGCCUCCCAAUGGGAUCGAGUGAAGAUGUUAUUUACGAGAUAAAAAAAAAACCAAGCAAAAUGUGUUUCUAAGUACACGGAAGAGGAUGUUCUCCCGGGCAUAAGUCGUACCACCAGGGCGGUCCCCGAAGAGUCGCCAGGAAGUACCUUAUGAACAAAAAAGGCAAAAAAAAAAGAAGAAAUCCUGAUAAAAGAGAAGAAGGAGGGGAGGCUGAAAAUGUGGAUGGCCGGUUGGAUUCUCAGUUGAAAGAGUAACGGUGCCCCAUGGGCACGAAGUGACUUCGGUGUGGCACGUUCGGCAGAUCACGAAGAGGACUUAGACUGUUUUCUCCAGAAAGCCCUAGUGCGAGUCAUGACGUUAUAAAUGGCCGCCGUGAUCCGUACACCAAUGUGUCAAAACUCUUACAAUUUUUCACGUGUGUUACGUACAGCUAAAAUGCUCAUCGGUGUAACGUGGAUCGAGUAUUGGCAGUUGAUCAGUGCGGCGUGGUCUGGUGGUUAAAAAUUUAACAGUCAAGUCUUAUAUUUCCGGUGAGAAAGAGACACGAUAUAUAUGAAGAGUUGUGAGCGCUGGUGGUUGGUGAGCGGGAUUGUACAGUCGCCAGUUUGAGUGUUGCGUUUGUUCGCCACUGGUCGGGUUGUUGUCUUCAACACAUUUUAAAUACCAACAAGUUAAGAAGCAAGAUAAAUUGACAAUUGCUACGGAAUAUCGGUGAAUACUGUCAUCCUACCAAUCGCCGAUGACGUGAUUGACUUAUUGUUCGCAGUUGUCACGGUCUGUAAUGAUUCAUCAGUGAUUUUCAAAUGUAAGAAAUUGUUUGAGAACCUCUGAAUAGGCAACAAGUGGUUUUAGAGGCUGAUUGGUGAGGUGUUGUUUCCAUAGCAGCAUGAUCUGUCCUCUGUCCGCCUCGAUUUGUCAGUUUCCACAGAAAGCCAAUAAUAUUUGUAAUACUGCGCCAAUCGUGCGUAACGUUCAGUAAAUUCAAUUGAGGAUAAUUGUGAUAACGAGUGAAUCACCGGGAGCAUCAAUCAGUCCGUAUUUGUUGUCUCAUUAAGUCGAUGCUCCUACGUCGUUGACUCAAGUGCCCCUGAGAUAUUCGUCAAUUGAUCUAACCGGCGCAUUCCGCCUAGCGUGAACACGAGGAGUCCAACCGUAGCGGUGCUACUUUCAUUUUUUACUUUUUUUUUUCACCUGGCAGUGUCUCCCUCCAGAGCUGAAGGAUUUUUUUCGGGGUAUUAUUCAACAGAUCGGAGGAUUGCCACAGCAAUUCACUGGGAGAACUAGUUUUAUCACGAGUGAAUUACCUGGUGAUACCUGGUGAAAUCUGAUGUAGGCAGGCCCCGGGGAGUUUUAUUAUCUCAUGUACUCGUGUAUUCAAUGGGAAAACUGAUACGCUCCAGUUAGGAGAGAAGAAAAUGUUGGGAAGAUGUGCCGAGUAAAAGAACACAGGUACCAGAAUUUUUAACGAAUGAUUUAGCCCACUCUGCAGAUUAUCGAUUCGAGGAUGGAGACUGAGACUAAUGAGGGGGGAGAACAGCUGAGCUCACCUUGCUGUUUCAAAGUAUUCGAGUACCUGAGAAAUCGAAAUAGAAUUGGACCAGGAAGAGUGGAGUUACCAGAGUGUGAUUUUUUCAUUGUUGAAACGCGACGUACACUUCGUGUAUUACGUCCAACUCCAAAGACCAGUGGAUUUUACGAAUUACCCUGCGAGCGACCUGAAUCCAUUCAUGAGAAUUUCAUUUCACGAUGGACAAAGCGACCGCAUUCAUCGGGCAACUGUAGGUGCUCCUUCCGUCAAUCAUCGCGGUUCAGUACAAAUGAGGAGUGCAUGAUUACAGCAGAGAUCAAUCGAAUCAGAACGAGUCUCUGCGAGGCGGAAAAGAAAGGUUAUAAUAUCGAUGAGAUUGAGAAGAGGAUAUCAAUGAACUUGAGCAGUCUCAGUUCGCCGAUAACAACAGAGCCGAGGAGUCAGGUGGAUCUGAAACUGGCGGAAAUAGCUAAUGUUGGACCUGUAACGGGCAAUCGUAACGCCGAUGACCUGGCCAUAAAAAAUAAAAUUGUCAAGGAUCUGGAGAAGUACAUCGAUGUUCUCCUGGAGGAGGUUCUCAAUGACUCCAUGAAGUUUAUCAAUUGUGCGGAUGACACCUUGAGAAAGAGUAGAAAAGUGCUGGAGGGAGAUGAAGACACCAAUUCGAAGAAACCGCUGGAUAUUAGCUUUGCUUUUCCCAGUGAUUUGCCCCAGGAGUUAUCAGUAUAUAGUAACGUGGAGACCCGUGGGUAUGUCAAUGAAUCUUUCGUUGGAACCGUCAACGAUCCUGACUGUCUUGAUUUCGAUCUGAGAAAACCUAUUGACGAGGAUCUUGCGAAACUAGAUUGCGUAGAUUCUGGGAUUAACAGUGUUGAAACAGUGGAGUUUCAACCGGAACCGGAACUCAGCCUGGAACAAUCGCUGAUGGAAAUCAUUGACGCCAAGUUUGGGCCAGGGCCUCUGGGAAAAAGCCAGGAGAAUGAGGAUACCGAUGGUGUCGGUGAAAAUGAGGAGGAACGCCAGGAAAACAACUCGAAACUCCCAAACAUCAAUAUUAGAAUGGGGGGAGCACUUUCGUCGGUGGAUGGGGAGAGCGAUAAAUCUGUGAUCCUCGAAAGUCUAGAUGAUCCAAUAAUCGACAUGAAAUUUGACGACUGUAGGUUGGAACUCAAAGACUCGAGAGCUUCCACUCUUAAAGAGGAUCCAGCGAAGAAACAGAAUGCAGUUGCUGUUUUCUGUGAGAAGUUCACCUCGAAGAUCAGCAAUUCGUGCAAAAAUCGCGAUUCCAAGAGCCCAUCGAGUGGUAAAAAAUCGGAGCAAGAGCCCGUCGAAAUGCGCGAUCACAGGACUACGAUGAAGAGACGCCUACAAUCUCCACCGGUGCUUGAACAUCCGGAUAACAACUCCGUGAUGUUUCGUCGACAUCGAAAGCCCAUUAUAGUUUUCAUUCAUGGAUUUGGAUCAUCCGCUGAUGUGUUUGAACCCCAGCUUGCGUAUUUUACACAAAUGGGGUAUCCGUGCAUAGCACCUGAAAUGCUGGGUCACGGCAUGAGUUCAGCACCAACGCGCUCCGUGGAUUAUCAUUUCGACAGACUCCUCAAGGACUUCGAGGCUGUCCUGCAGCACUACGCCUUCAAGCCAGGUUAUAAGUGUGUCCUGGUCGCCCAUAACUACGGGUGUAGUUUUGCAACGGCGUUGGCAGCUAAGUAUGAGAAGGAAAUUCAUCAAUUGGUUUUGAUAUCUGGUGGUGGGCCAACGCCACUGGCACCGCCCAGUAGAGAAGGGACUGGCCACUUGUGUCUAAGGGCAAUGCUCUCACCAUUACUUAUGUGCGGUGCUCAUCGUGAUAUUUUGUACUCACCGAGGGGUAGACAGCAUCCAUAUUGUGGCAACGAAACUGAGGAGCAGUGGCCCUCGCACAUGAGAUAUAUUCUGAAUGGUAUGAUUUGGCCGGAAGGUGAUUAUGUCUUCCAUAGAAGGAUAUGUACACCUACGUUGCUUAUACAUGGUCUCAGGGACAAUAAGGUGUCACUCGUGCAAGAAUGCCAAAUGGAGAGGACUGUCAUGAAGGCUUUCCUCGAAGCACUACCAACUGCCGGACAUCUCCCAAUGAUUGAAACACCCGAGCAAGUCAACCACAUGAUCCACUGCUUCAUAGAUUUGUGGACGAAAAGAAAGUGUGCGGAGAAGCUUCAUUCCAUUGGCAGCCCUGAAGUCAUAGUGCAUCGAUCUUACCGACAGAUUAUUAUUCUACUGAGGUUAUGACGCUGAGUGGAUAAUUAUACUUGUCCGAAAAAUGAUAGUAAUAUCAAAUAAACAGUGAAAAUUCAUGAAUGUGGUGUUGAGUUCAUCAAUAAACGGUGUCAUCACUGGGGGUAGAAUAAGUCUGAGGGAAAUGUCGAAAAAGUCAUUGAGGAAAGGAACGAAGGGACUCCCAGCUGACAAUGACACGAUCUCACCGUCUGGACCGGUUACCACUGAUAAAGAUGGCAAUGUGGUUAUCAAAAUUCAUGCAAAACCUGGAGCUAAGCACAAC